AUGGGUGAGCUGAAGUUUUUCCUCGGGUUGCAAGUGGAUCAAGAAGUGAAUGGCAAGUAUAUUCGUCAGACUAUGUACGUCCACGAGAUCCUCAAGCGGUUCAACAUGGAAGACACUAUGCCUUACGAAGCUCUGUUGCCAACCAAUCAUAAGCUGUCAGAUGAAAAGGACAAAGAUCCUGAAGUAGAUCCUUCAGUUUUUCGUGCAAUGAUUGGUUCUUUAAUGUAUCCUACUGCAUCUCGACCUGACAUAAUGUUUUCGCUGUGUUUAUGUGCUAGGAACCAAGCCACUCUGAGAGAAUCGCAUUUGAAAGCCGUCAAAUGGAUUUUUUGCUAUCUUAAAGGCAAACCAAGACUUGGAUUGUGGUAUCCAGUCGAGGGUGGCUUAGACUUGAUAGCAUAUGUGGAUGCGGAUUUUGGCGGGUGCCCGAUCAACAGGUGCGAUGGUAUGGGGAUGGUGUUGUGCCGGUUUACAGUGAAGAUGAUGGCGGCCGUGGUCAAUGAUAGCGGUGGUGUUGGUUGA